AUGAACGCAUUCAACUUUGCAGAUACAUUAUGGUUGAAUUGCGUCAACAUCGUAAAUGUCUUCGUUGGGAUAAACAUGUGUGAACACCCAGCGGCGGAGCACCCACGGCGGAAUACCCAGCAAACAUCACUGACUGCUGUAAAAGAAACCUCAACCCAGCAAAUUGCCUUCCUGCAGAGGUAUGACCUUUGCUUUCCAUCGACAAUUACCACUGGUGCAUUACAGUCUCAACUCUCUUCUCAUCAAUACACACAGCAGAACGCACACACCACCAGGAGACGGAAUGAACCGCGACAUAUCCGGACCCCCAGCUGGAUGCUCAUCUCGCUUGCAAGCUACAGAACUGCCAUCUUUAUCAUCAGAAUCGGGCUUGCGGAUUACAAUAUAUUGAUGCCCCUUUCUCUGGGAUUGAGCUUACACUUGUUUUUACCGGUGAAUUCAAGGACUUGGUCUCAUUUCCAACUGGAAGAUAUCCACAACGAUGGUUUACAAAACCAGAGUUUCGAAGAUCACUGUAGUACUGGAGGUAGUUGGACAACCUUCGGGAAAGAUGAUUGUGACUACAUGGAUAAGAUUUCAUGUGGCCGAGCGGCAGAGUCUCCCGCUAUUGAUCUUAAAUCUAAGGAAAUUCGUUCAAAUAUGAUUCGCCGAGAGGCUCGGGAUACUAUGUUAUUAAAAGAAAGAUUGAACGUUGACGAUUUCUGCGCAAAAAAGUUUACACUACCUUCCAACACACAGACAAUGGCAUACUCAACAGGUCUCCAAGGGCGGCCGUGCACCCCCCGGCAAGCCAUGCUCGAGCUCCAACGUGCACACCUAUCUGCAGCCCAACGCCUUCUUAAUAUCCGAAGUGCCGCCGACUUUGCCCGCGAUAACUGGGCAAUCGUCAGGGACGUGCGUGACAUUACCCGAGCAGUCACUGAAAAUUUGAGGGGAUAUUCCACCUGUUCUUCGAGUAACUACCUCAAUCCUUCGUUCCGGAUGGAGGUCAGGGACUUCGUGUCACUCCACAAUGACGGCUUUGAGAGGAACCAGAACCUCUUCUUGCAAUAUCAGAGGUACAAGAACGGCAUUGAGAGAAACACAAGGACGAGGUUGGAACAAUAUAUCAGCACCAUCAGGGAGGAGCAGGAGUUGGGCAAUGAGUAUUGCGACGAGAUUUCAGAGCUGUUGAGAAUCCUCUCUGCGGUCUUGGUCAACAGAGAAAACAGGAUACCUGUUGCUGCCUUCUUUAGCACAGUUAACUUUAAACAUGGCAUAUCGCUCCGAGUACUGUUUCAAGUGGGGUCAUCGGCUCACAUGGUUAUAUAUGAUCCACGUGAUAAACUGACGUUCCCGCUUCACGCCGUGAUCCGACUGGAUAACAAAAUAUUGCAAGAAAAUCACCCAGUCUUCGCCGCCCACGUGCACAGGAACUUGGCAGUUCUCAACUUCUGGGCGGCUGACUAA